CUUCAAGGUCAUGGUCACAUAAGGUUGCUUAUUUGAUCUAGCUCACGUUGGUUCGAUACCAACUAUUCGGGAUUUCUUAUUAGCAUUUAUCUAGUAGGUAAUUCACUAUCACUAUGUGUGGUGUCAAAUUCAGAACCUAAUAUGGAAUUGUACUGUACUGCAGUGCUCAGGUUUUACUUAUGCAUUCAAGGUCAUCCGUUUCGCCAUGACCAACAUUACAAUGGAAAACAGUAUAUUCGUACUUUCAUGCUGCGUAUACGUUAUUGUUUUCAUCGUUAUUCAUGCGAGAAUCAUAAAUUUUUGAACGUGGCAGUUGGUGAUGCCAUCUACUUUCGACGGUAAAGCAAGACUUCUACGUUAUCCUACUUUAUUUUCACAAUGCGUUUUUGAAUCUUCAGCCUAUGCCAAAUGUGUUUUAUCUGCGGAAGAUGUCAGACGUAAUUCAUGUGAAAAGGAGUUUCAGAUUUUAAAGUGUUGUCUUCAAAAACGUGCUCGAGAAACUGGUAUAAGGCUUUGAUCUUCAUUAUCACCACUGUGUUCACAAUGUCGAGCAACGAAAAAUCAAAAAACAAUGUAACUUCCCAUGUUAGUCUGUUUCCCGCCCCACCUUGGCAGUUGAUCAAUAAACUGUUCAGUACAGAUACACCUCCACGACCACCUACUCCUCCUGGUUCAACUCCCUACAGAAUGUUUGGAAACUUUUAUAAUUCUGAUGAUGCCAUUCUCCGAUCUUUAGAAUCACAAGGUGUUCGUCGAGUCUAUCCACAGACAUACAAUCGAAAACGUGAGCUAAGAAAAAUCAAUUUUUCAAUCUUGGCUAAUUACCUUGAUCUGUUGGAUAUCAUCACACGUGAUCCUAGCUCUUCUAAACGAACUGAAAAACUUGAUCAUUUGGCAAUUCUAUUUAUUAAUAUGCAUCAUCUUGUCAAUGAGUAUCGUCAACAUCAGGCUAGAGAUUUACUUCGAGAAAUUCUAAAAUAUCAGGUUAACAUUGGAUCUGAAACUGUUGAGAAAGCUGAACAGUAUUUAGUACGAGCAGAUGAACAGUUGAGAAUAGCUGCUAAUGAUCUUCUCCUUCCUGGUACACCUACUUCAACUUCUACAAAUUUUAAUCCUAUGGAAAAUCUUCGAAAUGGUUUAAAUGAUCUCGGUCCCGAAUUAUCUCCCUUAUUACAAACUAUCCUUGAUGAAACAAUAUUAUCUAAUCCAAUUGGUCGACAUUUACAACCUAAACAAGGUUGUUUAUCUCUACCAGAUCAACCAUCAGAAUCGACUUGUUUAAAUUUGAACAAUUUCGAUGAUUUUCGAAUAUCUGAUCAUAUUGAUAUGGCUCUUUGGGAUUUUUUAUUUCAAUCGAAAGAUGAUUCUGAAAUGGACAUCAAUUAGUGUAUACACUCAGCUUAUCAUCACCUUUAUUCUGUAUUGUUUUUGAAUAUUUAUGACCUUAGUCUUAUACAAGUUUUUUUUUUAACUUUGUGAACAGGUUUUUAAACCCUACCAAGUAGAAACAAUCAUUUUGUUUUUCUAGUGUAAAAUUGUUAUUAAUCAUACCUAAAUUAUCAUAUAUAGAUACUCUUGAAAA